AGAACUAUUCCAAACGUGAAAACCGGAACUAGUAAAAGCAAAAUAUUGCGGGAAAUAUUUAGUUGAUAUUGACAUUAUAUAAUGGAUGAUGACUAUGCAUUAGCUCUUCAACUUCAGUCAGAUCUCUUUGAGGAAAAUCAGAACUAUUCAGAGAAUAACAGUGUAGCCAACAACCAUGGAAAAGAACCCCAAUCUCUCAUUGAUCCUUACUGGGAAGUGACUGAUCCAAAUCCAGAUGUUAGAGCCCUGUUUCUCCAGUUCAAUGAUCGUUUCUUCUGGGGAAGACUUGCUGGAAUAGAAGUCCGCUGGAGUCCAAGAAUGACAUUGUGUGCAGGAGUGUGUUGCUAUGAAGGCCGCGGUGGAUUGUGUUCUGUACGACUUAGUGUACCCUUGCUGAAACUGCGGCCGAGAAAAGAUCUUAUUGAAACUCUUCUUCAUGAGAUGAUACAUGCCUAUCUUUUUGUCACAGACAACAACAAGGAUCAUGAUGGUCAUGGGCCAGAGUUUCACAAACAUAUGUAUAGAAUAAACAAGGAGGCUGGUACUAAUAUUUCUGUCUAUCACAAUUUCCAUGACGAGGUGGAUUCAUACAGACAGCAUUGGUGGAGAUGUGACGGUCCAUGCAGAUCUCGAAAACCUUAUUUUGGCUAUGUCAAACGAUCUAUGAAUAGAGCACCUUCAAAGAAUGAUACAUGGUGGGCGGAACAUCAGCGUACAUGUGGGGGUACUUACACAAAAGUCAAGGAACCUGAGGAUUAUGGAAAGAAGAAAGGAAAAAAGGAUAAAGAUGGAGAAGAUGAAAAGAAAAAAGAAAAAGAAAAAUCCUCAGUGAAGAGUAUGGACAUCAGGGUAUUUGGUGGUGAAGGUAAAACUUUAGGAAAUGCAACAAAGUCUAGUCAGCCAGCAAAGACAAUACCAAAGUUUAGUAAUCCAAUACCUACGCCAAAUAGUUCUUUAAAUAAACCAUCAAAUUCUGUAGAUAAACCAAAGCCAUCUGCAACAGUCUCCAGAUUAGAUGACGCAUCUCCAGCUUACAUAGGAAAGAAAUACAUAUCAAAUGGUCAUGUGACAGCCUUACCAGGGGCUAGAACUCCAGACAAAAAAGGUGUGUCAAUGAAUAAACCAGUGAGCCAAGGCGGAUCAGCUGCAUUUAAAAAGAGAAUUAUUAAAUUGCCAGAUUUUUCUGACUCGGAUGAUGACGAUGACUUGCUUUUUCCUGUUCCAUCAGGAAACUUGUCAAAUACCACCAUACAUUCUAAUGUUGGUGAAAGGACUGAAAAUCCUUCGAAGGAACAUUCUCCUUGGGUUAAUUCAAAUGUUAGUAAUGUAAGCACAGACUGUGAUACUACAAGUUCAAAUGCGGGUGAUUUUCAUGACAGUAAAGCAGAUGCAAGUGAGCAUGUAACAGACAAGAGAGAUGACAGAAGUGAAUUGGAUCAAAAUAAAUCAGUAGGUGCAGAUAAUGAAGCAGAUGAUGUGAGGGCUAUGUUGAGAAAGGUUUGGGGACAAAAACAGUUUGGAAGUCAGCCAAGUAAAAUGAAAGUGAAAGGAACAUUUAAAUCUGGAAUUAUAAAUCCAGAUGUAUCAAAUAAUACUGGAAACAAGGAAAUAAACUCAGCUCACAAAAGAUUAUCAGGUGAUACAGGUUUUGGUGAACAAGCAUCUAAAAGACAGAAAAGUGACAGUAUUUAUAUACCAAAUAAUAGCUCAGAUUUUGACAAGAACGUCCAUUUAGAAAAGUCAUCAUCAAAUAAUAAAAUUACCUCGCCCAUUGAUAAAUUUCUCAAAAAGUCAGUGACAGAGCCUUCUAGUAGCAGAGAUCAGACUGUUCCUACUAAAUCAGGUUUACAGGACCAAACCUCAAUGAUAAGGGGAGGUAAUUCUGAAAUCAAUCAAAUAAAUGAUUCUACUGGAGAUAUGGCUGCAUGCCCUGUGUGUAGCAAGUCGGUAUCGACAGCUUCUAUAAAUGAACAUUUAGACCUUUGUCUAACAAUGCAAGCUAUUUGAGUUCUUUAAAGCAAUUUGCUGCAAUUUUCAAACUCUUGUUUUUUUCCACUUGCAAAGUUAUGGGUGUUUUUACAUACAAGAAUCAUUUGCUGGACUUUUUUGUAUGAAUUUCUCAGGUAUUUAUUACGAAGAAAAAGUAACCAACUGUUCUGUUGUUUUACUUUUAUGUUGUUUUUUUUUUACUUGAAUAACUAUAGAUAUAUGUACAUUCACUGUAUUCUUUAUAGAUUUUUAAGAAAUGGUUGGAAUUUUUAUUUAUGUGAAAUAAAUUAUUCAUAAAAUGUACUUAAACCUUCAGAUAAUUAGUUACAUAUGUAUUAUUACAAAGUUUAUUUGGCAUUGUCAGUCUCUCCAGUUUUGCACUAUGUUAUUGUCUGCAUCUACUUAUUGAAAGAAACCAUAGUAAGAUUGAAUAUAUUCCAAGCUGUUAAUUGAGUAAUUACGGUUAAUACAUCAAGACUUGCCCUCAUUGAGGCAGUUCCCAGAACGAGAACCAAGGUAUGCGCAUAAUGCCUUUGAGAGAUGAGCAGUCAGGUUAAAGGAGCAGAGUUUGAAUUGAAGAACCAGCCAGAAAGAACCAGUUGGACUAAGGGAAGCUGGCAAACUGGCAUUGUGUUAAUUAUUGCCAUACAUUGAUAUUUGGUUCUGUUUAGUGAUUCUUAUAGUGGGUGCAUUUAUAACGCAAGUUAUACAGUGGCCAAAAUGAGUGAAGUCUUGUGUUUGUCUAGACAUGAACGUGAAAUGUAGUGUUUGUCUGGACUGAACGAUAAAGCCAUGCAUUUGAUCUUCAAACAUUAUGUAAGAACUGGUUCUGGACAGAUGUACUAUAUUCAUUUUGGGUCACAGAGGCAGAGAUUUAAACUAUACAGGGGUGUAAAAUAUUUUUUCCUACCACUCGCCUUGCAGGACUAAUAGCCAGUAAAAUCUACUCGUCUUUAAGUGAACAGUCACUCGCCCUAUUAAAAUGACAACUAUCUUAAUAACUUCUGUUUGAUACUACAGUGUAACUUCCGAAAACCGAACGACCUCCGGACCAAUCUAAAAGUUCGGUUUUUGGAAGUUUCCGGAAUUCAGAAGUUCGGAAGUUUUCAGGCAAAGUGGACAUUAUGCACUAGAGUUAUGUUAUCUUACACGCUGGAUGAAGGAAAUUAUUAUCCUUUUUAAUUGUACAAAUUUGUAUAAAGUGAUUCAUUAAUUGAUUUAAGAAUUAUUGAAUCAAUAUGUUACAAGCAUUAAGGAUAAUCAAUUACGUAUAAUAAAUUUCCUUUUUUGUACAUGUAUAUAAAACAAUAAUAGCAUUUACUCAAACAUUUUCCCCUUACAUUUUACCAUCUUUGAAAACCAGAGUUCAUCAAUAUUUAAUUGGUGUUGAUAAAGCGUAGUUUAAUCGAUGUAACUAAUUAAUUAAAACAUCUAUCAUUUUUUCAUUCAAACAUUACAAAAGUUUUCCACACGAAAGACAUUUAAUAAAUCAUUUUUAUUUAUUGAAAAGAAAUUAAAGUAAUCGCUGAUUAAUUCUUUACUUUUGCAUCAAAUGAUCAUUGUGAUUAUAAUGUGUAUCAAAGCAAAUGUGUGCUGCUAAUAGAUAAACAAAAGAACAUGUUGACAUCUUGCCACGGGGGUUUUUAGAUUAAAACAAGUUAAAGACAGACCGGCCAAUAUUUUGCUGUUCGGUUUUCGGAAGUCAAUUUUAGUGUUAAAAUAUAAACGGUCCUUAAAAAAUCGUCCGGUUUUCAGAAUUCGGAAGUUCCGGUUUUCAGAAGUUAAAAAUUUAAAGGAAUAAGAAGGAAAAAAACGGGACUUUGAGUUUCGUGCGGUUUUCAAAGGUUUCCAGUUUUUAGAAGGUCCGGUUUUCAGAAGUUACACUGUAUCACUUUUAUGAAAGAAGUAUUAUGAAUAGCAAACAAAUUACAAAUAUAACACACAGUAGACAAAUAAUAUUCUCUUGUUCACUACUUUUCCUUUUUAAUCAAAUUCAUUUUGCUUAUAUUUUCUUUUCUCAGCAAGAUGUUUUUCUUUCUACCGUUUUUAGCUCACCUGAGCACAACGUGCUCAAGGUGAGCUUUUGUGAUCGCCCUGUGUCCGGCGUCGGCGUGGUCAACAAUUUGAAUGUUAACACUAUAGGUCACAAUUUUGGCCCAACCUUAAUGAAACUUGGUCAGAAUGUUACCCUCAAUAAAAUCUUGGACGAGUACGAUAUUGGGUCAUCUGGGAUCAAAAACUAGGUCACCAGGUCAAAUCAAAGGAAAAGCUAGUUAACACUCUAGAGGCCAAUUUAAGACUGUAUCUUCAUGAAACUUAAUCAGAAUGUUAAUCUUGAUGAUCUUUAGGUAAACUUGAAAUCUGGGUCAGGUGGGGUCAAAAACUAGGUCACCAGGUCAAAUCAAAGGAAAAGCUAGUUAACACUCUAGAGGCCACAUUCAUGACCGUAUCUUAAUGAAACUUGGUCAGAAUGUUAAUCUUGAUGAUCUUUAGGUCAAGUUUAAAUCUGGGUCAGGUGGGGUAAAAAACUAGGUCACCAGGUCAAAUCAAAUGUAAAGCUUGUUAACACUAGAGGCCACAUUUAUGACAAUAUCUCUAUGAAACUUGGUCAGAAUGUUAAUCUUGAUGAUAUUUAGGUCAAGUUCAAAUCUUAGUCAAGUGGAGUCAGAAACUAGGUCACCAGGUCAAAUCAAAUGUAAAGCUUGUUAACACUCUAGAGGCCACAUUUAUGACUAUAUCUUAAUGAAACUUGGUCAGACUGUUAAUCUUGAUGUUUUUAAGCCCCCGGUAUCUACUGAUGCGGGAGGCAUAUAGUGAUCGUCCUGUCCGUUCGUUCGUCUUUACGAGGUUAACCAAAUGGGACCGUUUCGUCUAGCAUCAAUACCCCUUACUAGAAUGACUUGAUACUAAUGCAGAUGUAACCUGUGACCAUUCCUCAUCUUCAGACAUCACCUGACCUCAGUUUGACCUUGACCUUAUUUUGGACAUAAGUUGCUUUAUAUGGGCCAUCUCUUGGUUAACCAAAUGGGACCGUUUCGUCUAGCAUCAAUACCCCUUACAAGAAUGAAUUGAUACUAAUACAAAUGUAACCUGUGACCAUUCCUCAUCUUCAAACAUCACCAGACCUCAGUUUGACCAUGACCUUGACCUCAUUUUGGACUUAGGUUGCUUUAUAUGGGCCAUCUCUUGGUUAACCAAAUAGGACCGUUUCGUCUAGCAUUAAUACCGCUUACAAGAAUGCGUUUAUUGAACGCAGCUCCUUGUUUAGGUCAAGUUUAAAUCUUGGUCAGGUGGGGUCAAAAAGUAGGUCACCAGGUCAAAUCAAAGGAAAAGCUAGUUGACACUCUACAAGCCACGUUUAUGACCGUAUCUUAAUGAAACUUGGUCUGAAUGUUAAUCUUGAUGAUCGUUAGGUCAAGUUUAAAUCUUGGGUCAGAUGGGGUCAAAAACUAGGUCACCAGGUCAAAUCAAAGGAAAAGCUUGUUAACACACUAGGGGCCACAUUUAUGACUAUGUCUUCAUGAAACUUGGUCAGAAUGUUAAUCUUGAUGAUCCUUAGACCAAGUUGAAAUCUGGGUCAUGUGGGGUCAAAAACUAGGUCACCAGGUCAAAUCAAAGGAAAAGCUAGUGAACACUAUAGAGACCACCUUUAUGACCAUAUCUUUAUGAAACUUAGUCAGAUUGUUAAUCUUAAUGAUCUUAAGGUUAAGUUCCAAUCUUGGUCAGGUGGGGUCAGAAACUAGGUCACAUCAAAAGUAAAGCUUGUUAACAAUCUAGAAGCCACAUUUAUGACUAUAUCUUCAUGGAACUUGGUCAGAAUGUUAAUCUUGAUGAUCCUUAGGUAAACUUCGAACCUGGGUCAUGUGCAGUCAAAAACUAGGUCACUAGGUCCAAUUAAAGGAAAAACUAGUUAACACUCUAGGGGCCACAUUUAUGACCAUAUCUUAAUGAAACUUGGUCAGAAUGUUAAUCUUGAUGAUCUUUAGGUCAAUAGGUCAGGUGAGCAAUACAGGGCCUUCAUGGCCCGCUUGUUUACUUAUAAUUUCAGGUUAAAGUUUUGGUGCACUUUCACUCUAUCUCAAUUAUUACUAAAUGGAUUUGAUUCAAACUUAAAAAUAGUUGUUCCACAUCAUCACCCACAUCAUGAUAUGGCACCAAUAUUUUAUGAAUUAUGCACCCUUUUUGCUUAGAAUUAUACUUAUUUAAUGUUUUGAUACAUUUUUUCUUUAUCUCUCUUAUUACUUAAUACUUCUGACACAGACUCUAGUUAUAUUGUCCAAUAUCUUCAUCCACAUUGGAGUCAUUAAACACUCCAGUGAACAUCGAAAUAGUAGAGCGCGCUGUCUACUGUGACAGCUCUUGUUUUUGCCUGACUAUUUGAAAAC